UUACAGGUAUUUGAAGAUUGCACUUGCCUGCCACAUACAGAUAUGGCGUAGCCCAUGUCGAUGAUGGUGCUGGGACGCUGGCACAACCCUCCUGGUGGCCAGCGAUGGAAUUGGCCUUCUGAUCCUUUUAGCACCUUUUUAGGAUCGGGUGUUAGAGUAUUUUUGAGGUUUCACGUAAGUGACAGACUUUCCCGCAAGGGGCAUAACCUCCUAUUUAUACUUGGUGCUAAGGGAACAGGGACCAAACCAGAUUCGUUGGGUGGUGCCUCCGAUCAAGGCACCAACGUUAGUGAGAGGACUUGGUCUCCCUCCUUAUUCUCUCGGUUUGUUAUACCGUGAGAUCAUAUUCCAACAUAUUACUCUCACGAAGAACUCCUGGGGGUUCUCAAAUACACAUACAUGGAGGUAAUAUUAUCAGCUGCUUUGGGUGAGCUUGGCAGUAGAUCCAUAUCUUUCCUCGUAGACAGAUACCUGAAGCAGACGGCAGCGCCAACUGAGGCGCAGAGGCUGUGCAACCUGCAGCGUCUGCUGCUGCGGCUUCGUGUCAUCGUCGAGGAGGCAGAUGGCCGGCUCGUGACAAACCAGGCCAUGCUUCAUCAACUCAGAAUAAUGAAGAAGGAGAUGUACAGGGGAUAUUUCACCCUCGACCUCUUCCGUUGCCGAGCCCAUGGAGAAGACAGGACAAAAGAUCACGAGGUCAAUUACUCCUUUGCGCAAUCUGAGUUCAAUCCUGCCAAGCGUGUAUGUUUCUGCAGUGCCAACAAUGAAGGUGCGGCUCGAGCUGAGCUUCUGGAGAAAGUUAUUGGCAACAUAAGGGACACCAUUGAAGAUGCAAGUGAGUUUGUCAUGUUUCUACGGGGAUGCCCACGUUUGCACCGUGAGCCAUACACCAUGUAUCUCCUGUUGGACAAGUGCAUGUUCGGACGCUAGAUGGAGAUGGAACAAAUCAUGAACUUCCUGUUGCAGACUGAGAGGGCCCCCAGUGCCUCUGAAGAUCCGGCUGUCCUGCCCAUCAUCGGUCCGGUGAGAGUUGGAAAGAGCACCCUAAUCGAGCACGCUUGUGACAAUCAAAGGGUGCGCAACCACUUCUCUCAGAUUUUGCGUUUCAGUGGCGAUGACCUUAAGGAUGCAAGUUUAGAGACCCUGAGAGAUGGAGGUAGAAUCAAGCAUCAAAACCAUGGUAUGGGCGGUGGAAGGACACUGAUCAUCAUUGAGGUAGUUUUGGAUAUCGAAGAGUCUGCAUGGAAAAUAUUGUAUUCAGCUGCUAGAAGUUGCAUCGUGAGCGGCAGUAAGAUCAUAGUCGCUAGCCGGUCUGACAAGAUCGCAAGUUUUGGAACCACACAGCCUAUCAGACUGCAGUUCUUUACACAAGAAGCAUACUGGUACUUCUUCAAGGCGCGUACUUUUGGGAGCACGAGGGUGGAGGACCACCCGAAGCUCGCAGCCAUGGCCAUGGACAUUGCCGGGCUGAUGAAUAAGUGCUUCAUGGGUGCAGCCAUUUUCACUGGACUACUGAAAGCAAACUUUAACCUCCAUUUCUGGAGCAUGGCCCUUGAAUUCCUCAGGAAUAUCAGGCAGAAGAAUAUCUUGCUAUAUGGCGAACGUUUUGCUAAUGGUUGGCAGUUCGAGGAGCCCGUAUAUCUUAGGAGAGCAAAGAAAACUUCUUCUGAAUGCUUCGCAAUUUUUGCUAUUUACCAAGCUUGUUCUGAUGACACUGAACCUGAAGAUCUCGAGAUGGUUAGCGUGCAAGACCUCUGCUUUGGAAGUGUUAGGCCUCAAGGAAAUUUCAAGGUCCAUGCGUGGACAUCUCAUUUGCCGCCUCACUACAACUACAUGUUCCACUGUGGGAUACAGAGGCCAGAGCGUAUGGUCGCCAACAUGACGAGACACAAGUAGAAUGGUAUGGUCUUUACUGAAAUGCGUAACUUCAUUUUUUGAAUCUUUUUAGAGAAUUGGGAGGUGCUAUAACCUUUUACUUAUAGGACCUUUAUUGGUCGUAAUGUAAGUAACUUUAGAAAUUGCAUUGGUUAGGCGUGCUGACUAUUAAGAAACCAGGGAAUAAAUACCUUUUUCUAACUGCUGAACA